AUGAUGUGCAGCGAACAUGAUUCGCUGGAUUUUAUCAAUUCCUCCCUCAAUGGGCCAUAUAAUUCCUCUAUAGCCUCUUCCGCCUCCUCAUCCUCAGCCUCGGUCUGGUCCGAAACUUCAUCCCAGGCCUCCGACGAUACCUCCAUCUCUACAUGUAUUUCUGACGCGUCGGAACGAUGCGAUUCUUAUGCUUAUAUUCGGCCAUCUAUGCCGUCUCAAUCUGAUGUUUUAUGUAACCAGAUUUUACCUACUGCCUGUUGGAGAGGACAACCGCAACAAACCGAAGUUCCACAAGAAUUGCGGCAGAAUCCGCGCCGCACCAGUAGCAGUGCGACGUCUAGAACCGGAUGUCCUCCAUCCCUGACUCGCCAAAGCGAUCGGAAGGUCAACUUUGUCGAUACUCUCGUCGAUUCAUCGACACAGAUAGUUGAAGCAAUUUGGCCUUUGUCUUCUGUUUUCCACCGGCAGGAACUUGGUAAUAAGGCCGUUCUGCCGCUACGUACUUUUAUCCAAGAAACGUUGCGCCGCUCACGUACGAGCUAUUCUACGUUGCAAGUUGCGCUGUACUAUUUAAUACUGAUUAAGCCACAUGUUCCUAAGCACGAUUUUACCAUGGAGCAGCCCGACGAAGUUCAUGCGAACCGGGUACUCCAGUGUGGUCGCCGAAUGUUCCUUGCUGCUCUGAUUCUUGCCUCUAAAUAUUUACAAGACCGAAAUUAUUCGGCAAGAGCUUGGAGCAAGAUUUCGGGGCUUGUGACGCAAGAGAUCAACCAAAAUGAAAUGGCCUUUUUAAUUGCCGUAAAAUGGAAGCUCCAUAUCACUGACGAUGUCUUCAAACGCUGGACCGAAAUCGUACUGAGAUACACACCACCGCAGCCUCCAUCCGGGUCUGUUUGUUCUCAGAUCUCAGAGCAACAGAACCAAGAUUGGAAGAACUUGAUCCUCAGUCUCGAACCCGGAUUGGGUAACAUCGAAGAUCUUAUCCCGCUAAGUCCCUUAAUAACUAAGACACGAGACUCGACGCCAAUCCCGCCUUUAUCGAAUCUUUGCGCCCAGGUAGACAAACUAACCUACACAAGCGACCCAUCUACGCCGAAGACUUACAAUAUACCAUACGUCAUGGAGCCCGCACCGGCUACUGUACAUACUCCAGGUCGUCUCGCACCAGCUCUGGGUCUACUUCCCACUCCUCGUCUAACACCACAGUCCAUCGGGUUCAGCACUCCAGCUGCGAGUGCUGCCACUUGUCUCCUUAGUAGUAAGGGCUCGAUGGGUUUUGCUAUGGCGCAGGCUGCGAAUGUAACUGCUUCGCAAAACUUGGAUAGGUGGCCUGGGUCUCUCAGCUCCUCACCUCUAAGUUACGUUUCCACACGUCGCUCCUCGCUUGCUAAUUCUAUUUCAACGGCAUCUUCGCCGGAAUCGAUGAUCUCUGACUCGUCACGAACGUCUCGCUCAUCCUCGAUCUCAUCAGCUUCCUCAUUGGCUAGCGCGCCGUCCACCAAAUUGGAUGUUCAGGCGCGAUGCCGAUACGCGAAGCUGUGCAGUGAAAGGUACAGCCUAAGGCCAGUCAUCGCUUCGGUGCCCGAAGACUACGAAGAGAAUUGCAUUACAUCCUCUCCCGAAUCUUACACCGGCCCGGUCAGUAAGGAUUUGGUACAGAUGUCAUUGGAGACUCCAUUGGCAAGAGGAUGUGAAUUGGACGAAACUGCAAAUGCUGCUAGGGCUCUACAACAGCUUCAAAACCAACUUCAGAACUACCGCCCACAGCCUCGUCCUUCUACUAAGCUUAGUACGAAGCGUAGUCGACCGUUAUCAAUUGAUAAUUCGCUCCAAGAGAAUGUGCGUGAAAUGCUAAGCAGUCAGUGCUACGAAGAGGAACGCUCGGAUGUAACGGUUCGCGGUCUCCCAUCGACGGACCUAGGGAACCAACGGACGCCAGUUCUGUCAAACGGAGGCAGGAAGCGGAUGUGUUGCUCGUAUGAUGCUCGGUCGUUCAUCCCCUCGAUCCACCCUGCAGUCGGCGGCCCCGGUGGGCCAGGAAUGUGGGAUGGCAUUUUGAACUAG